AUGUUGUACAUAGAGAUUGUUUUUAGCCCCGGUCAUCUCUCAUCGCCAUCACCAAAUCCGUAUAUCUUCAUCAUCGAUUCAUCGUCGCCCUUUUUAGCUCCGGUCAUCUGCUUGUCAUUGCCAUCAUCGGCUUGCCAUCACCAUCUUCUGCUUGCCAUCACCAUUGUCAUCAUUGUUCCAAGGUGUGUUUCGAUUUUGGGUUCAGUUCGAUGCCUUCUUCAAACUGUUCAUGCCUUCUUCAAACUCCUCUGCUCCAUCUGUUAUCCAGGCGACCAAGCAAAGUUUUUGUAUGGAAUUAACUUCGAAUUAUCAACAAAAAGCAUUUCCAUGGUGAGAUGUGUUUCAGAGUUUCUUGAAAUGACAGAAGAGUAUGUAGUUGGAAAUCUUGUAACAAGAUCAGAAGCUAAUUUGUAG